AUGUACGCAGCGGGAAUGACAAUUAUGGCAGUUUCUGUUGGGGAAAUUUGCGAGAACACAAAGCUUGCCCGCGAAAUGGCUUUGAUGGGAAACUACGAGUCGGCUCUCGUCUACUAUGAGGGUACAGUGCAAAUGAUCCACAGACUUCUCAUCACGAUUGCGGAUCCUACACGCAAGUCGAAGUGGCAACUGAGUAUAGCCGAAAGGGAUGAAAAAGUAUUUCAGUUAAAAGAAUAUGGAUAG